UUUCAUUCAGUUAACCUAAAAAAAACACGUUCUGUUGGUAGGACCUGUGCGCACCGAAAAAGAUGCGCAAUUAAAUGUCAUCAAAACCACUGAUUCCUGAUUCAUAUCCACGUGUCGUCGAAAAAAAAAAAACUUGAUUGUCAAACCAUCUGUUUACGUCAGUCCACCUAAACAUCUCAGUCUAUCUCCAUUCUCUCUAACAAAAAGUAUCUAAAACUCGUAGAAAUGCCAAGUAUCGAAGAGUUAACCGAAAAAAUCCGCCAAUUAGAACUAGAACUCUCUCAAGAGCGUAAUAAAAAUGUGUCGCGUAAAAAAAUCGAAGUGUUAUCCUCGGAAGUAGUUGACACAAACCCCUACAGCCGUUUGAUGGCCCUGAAGCGUAUGGGGAUAGUCGACAACUACGAGAAAAUCCGUACCCUGACCGUUGCAGUAGUCGGAGUCGGCGGAGUGGGAAGUGUCACCGCAGAAAUGUUAACCCGCUGCGGAAUUGGCAAACUCAUUCUCUUUGACUACGACAAAGUUGAGCUGGCAAACAUGAACCGACUGUUUUUCCAGCCGCACCAGGUCGGACUGAGCAAAGUGAACGCAGCAGCCAGUACCUUGAUGACCAUCAACCCAGAUGUCUUCGUGGAAACUCAUGAUUACAACAUCACAACUGUCGAGCACUUUGAGAACUUCAUGAAAGCUAUUAGCACCGGGAGCUUGACCAACGGACCAGUGGACCUGGUGCUCAGUUGCGUGGACAACUUCGAAGCGAGGAUGGCGAUCAACACCGCCUGCAACGAGCUGAACCUCAAGUGGUUCGAGAGCGGAGUUUCCGAGAACGCGGUCUCAGGCCACAUCCAGUUCAUCGUCCCCGGGGAGUCUGCGUGCUUCGCCUGCGCUCCUCCUCUGGUGGUCGCUUCCAAGAUCGACGAGAAGACUCUCAAGCGAGAAGGAGUCUGUGCUGCUUCCUUGCCCACCACUAUGGGAAUCGUAGCAGGAUUUCUCACCCAGAACGCGCUCAAGUUCCUGCUGAACUUCGGCAACACUUCUUUCUACCUCGGCUACAACGCGAUGGAAGAUUUCUUCCCGUCGAUGGUCCUCCGGCCCAAUCCGAACUGCGAUGACCGGUUCUGCAGGCAGAGACAGCAAGAGUUCCAGGCAUUGCCCAAAGAAGAAAUCGCGGUGGAAGCUGUUGAAGAAGCUCCGGUUCAUGAAGAUAAUGAUUGGGGAAUUUCGCUGAUUGAUGAAACUGCUGAUGUUGCUGAAGAAGAUAAUGUUCAGGGACUUUGUCCAGGUCUCAGGCAGGCCUAUGUUGUCCCGGAUGCUCAUGCUCAUGAGAAUGUUGUUGAUGCAAGUGCGCUUAGUCUUGAAGAGCUCAUGGCUACCAUGAAGACUAUUUAAGUUUUCGUUUUGGUUGAUCUUGAGAAGAAAUCGUCAGGCUUUUGGAAACAAAUUGUUAAAAUUUUCAAGUGUCUGUUGAUUUAAAAAAAAUUAUUAUUUUAAGUCAGAUAUAUUGUUUAU